AUGGCCGUCCCCGGAGAACGCGCGACAAUCGACGGAGACGGCGAGCCCUGCAUCCCCGUGUUCACCGUCGUCAAGAACGGCGCCGUCCUCAAGAACAUCUUUCGUCGUCGACAAGCCCCCUCCUCCGUCGCCGCGCCGCCGCCGCCGCCGGGGCCCCGCCCGCCCGCGACAGGCGGACGGCGCGAAGACCGCGGCGGGCGGCCGGGAGGCCGAGGCGAGAUGCUGAUCGUCGGUCGGCACGACUGCCACAUCAUGUUGACGCACCCCAGCAUCAGCAGGUUCCACCUCCAGAUUCAUUCGACGUCGCGGCGGAAGCUCUCCGUCGUGGACUUGUCUUCAGUGCAUGGGACUUGGGUUUCCGAGAAGAGGAUUGAGCCUGGAGUUGUGGUGGAGCUGAGCGGGGGCGACACAUUGCGUGUCGGCGGGUCGACAGUGUAUAGACUGCACUGGGCACCUCUGAGCCGUGCAUAUGAUUCGAACCCGUUCGUUUCGGCGUUGGAUGCAUCGGGAUUCAGCUUCCAAGAUGAGAAUAAGGAUACACUCACCCGAAUCAUUAUUGAAAGGGUUGAAGCUCUAGCUCUUGAUGAUUGUGAAGAAUUGCCUGCGAAGGAAUCAGAGUCCAUGUGUUCAAUGAAGAAAAAUGGGCUGGAAGUUGGCAAUGCCACUGAAUUAGUGUCUGCAGACGAAGGAAGCAUAAGAUCAGCAGAUGAUGAUCUGGAGAACUGUUCAGUAGCUGAAGCUUUUGGAGACAGCCAGAAGUUCAAUGAAGAAAGAUGGAGUACGGAAGUUGGCAUUGCCACUGAAUUAGUGUCUGCAGAUGAAGGAAGCAUAAGAUCAGCGCAUGAUGAUCUCGAGAACUGUUUAGUAGCUGAAGAUUUUGAAGACAACUGGAAGUUCAAUGGAGAAAAGUGGAGUAUGGAAGUUGGCAUUGCCGCUGAAUUAGUGUCUGCAGAUGAAGGAAGCAUCAGAUCAGCUCAUGAUGAUCUGAGAACUGGAAAUCCUACUGAGACCACUGAUCAGCAUCUUAAUGAUGAGAACCAGAGGCCACAAUAUGGAUCUGUUACUGGGAGGCUGUCUGAAAGUGGUAAAGAAAGCAGCCCUUUAGGACAGUCUUGCACAAAAUCAAAAUGCUCGAGCAUUUGGUCAAGAAGAGGGAAGCCCAGUACUGUUCUGCAGCUUCAGACAAACAGAAGAAAAGGAAUGACCAAAAGUGCUGCUACUGCUUCUAGAAACAAGCAACAUAGCCAGGAUAAUAGGGCAGAAAAUGGCCAGACGUGCCUCUGGAAGUUCUUCAAGACUAAGAAGAGAGUUGGGCUUGAAGCAGGAGCAGAAAGGUCGGCUUUUAAGUCCUUGAAUGUCAGGUCCGGCAGUCAAUCAACAGCUUCAGGAGGUGCAAUGAAAAGUGGUCUUUCUGUUGAUGGUGUUCGAUCACUGGGAAGGAAAGUCUCUGCUUUGUCUGCUAACAAAUCUUAUGGCGAGCCAAACAAGAGUUGGAUCAUGGUUGUCGAUACUACCUCUUUUCUCAACAAGGAGUCGAUGAAGUCAUUGCAGCUUCUGCAGGGUCUGAAAGAGACUCAGUUAUUCAUUCCACGAAUUGUCAUAAGAGAGCUGGACUGUCUGAAGCGACGUGCUAGCGUUUUCAGAAGGACAACUGAGGUCUCUUCAGCUUUAGAGUGGAUAGAAGAUACUAUGGUUAAUUUGAAAUGGUGGAUUCGCAAAGGUCCAUGGAGGAAAGGAAUGUCAGUUGCGCCAACACCUCCUGCUACUCCUCGUUGUAUAUUUGGCGAUGUGAGCGCGACUUUUUCUGCUGCUACACCUGGGGGGAGUGUAAUGGAUAUCAUUUCGCCCACCACAGAAGACCACGUCCUUGAAUCUGCACUCUUCUAUAGGAAAACCAACCCCAAUGGACAGCUCGUCCUCCUUAGCAAUGAUAUCUCGCUUAAAAUUAAAGCCAUGGCAGAGGGUAUACUAUGUGAGACUGCUCAAGAAUUUCGCGAGAGUUUGGUGAAUCCCUUCUCCGACAGGUUCUUGUGGGCAGAUAGUUCUCCCAGAGGACAGACUUGGUCGUGCUUGGACGAUGUUGUUCUGAAAGAGAAGUACUAUUCACGCCCAUCAAAGAAAUCCGCACGAGGAGAAGGCCUGAGUGGAUUGAAGCUCAUUCUCCUGCACAAUUCUCAGUACGGGCAGCAAAUCCGAUCGGUUGGUUGAGUAACGCCAUCGUUUUUUGAAAUCUCAACACCUUGUUUUGCCGAGGAUGCACUCAAAGUUGAAUCUAGAUGUGCUUUUUCAAAACUUACUAGCUAAAAAAAAAAAAAAAAAAAAGAAUUUCACGUGACAUUGUCGGCACAUGAUCUGUCAUGUCUCCGAUGAUGGUGAAAUGUGGUGAAUUAGGCACUUGUUGAUAUGAGAUGAAUAGUUGUCUCUUGGCUGGC